CUGGCUGCGUAGUGCGUCCUACAGAAUAAACCUCAGCAGCACCGGUGGAGCAGCUGCACGCUGGCUGGUGUCAAAAGGAUCAUUUGAAGGAGUCGCUUCGUGGGUGGAGUUUACCAGUUGGUGCGACACAAGUGAUGGCUGCGGUUCAAGACGUCCCGUGGAAAAGCCUGAGCUCAGGGAAGAAAGUAGCCUUGGCUGCAGGCCUCUCUGUGGGGGCCACAGUGGGCUACCUUGUUUACCGCCACAUUCGAAGCAGCAGUGUGCAGUGCGAAAGUAAAGAGGAGUCCAGAAUAUCUAUUCCACUUGACGUGUACCGAUCUAUUGCGAGAUAUCAGAGCGCCUUUCUAGAUAUAGUGAAUCAGAAGUCUGGCGCCCAAAUAAAUGUGUUACCGAACACUAAAGAGCAGAGCUUGGUGAAUUUUCUCAUCCAGGGUUCACCAGAGCAGAUUCUUGUGGCGCAAUGUGCUCUGGAGAAGCUGGCCACUGACUGUGAGGUCAUCAACGAUGUCAUUGAAGUGCCUCAGACGGCAUUUGGACGAAUAAUAGGUCGUGGUGGUGAGACCUUGAAGUUCAUUAACAGAGUCUCUGGGGCCAGGGUGAACUGCCCCAGAGAUCGUGGACGCAGCAUAGAGGAGAAGGGCAAGAUCACAAUUACUGGCACAUGCAAGGAAAUUCAAAGUGCUAAGGAGAUGAUCAUGGAGAAGGUCAUAGAGAAUGAAACCGUACGAAAGCGGAUAAGUCAGUCCUCUGCUCUGCGUCAGAAGAGGAAACCACUGGAAGUGGAGCAAUUUUAUAAAGCUCCAGGACUAGAGAAUGAAUUAUUAAAUCCUAAUGGCAAAGAUUUACUUUCACCACUGACUGAGCUUCAACAUGAGGGACUUGUUACGGUGAAUGGCUUUGCUGACAGCACUGACACAGCUGAAAAUUCCCUCAAAUCAGAGGAGGAGAUUCUUUCUCCAGUAUCACCUUUGGAGAUCUCAAAAUUUGAAAUUCCAAGCCCAGAUCUGAGCUUCCAGCCUGAUGAGCACCUGGAGGUGUAUGUGUCUGCCUCUGAGAAUCCUCAGCACUUUUGGAUCCAGAUUCUGGGAGUACGAUCUCUACAGCUGGAUAAACUGACUGCUGAAAUGAGCCGUUUCUACAACAGUGACACCUCGCAAGAGCACAGAGUGGAGACCAUUAUUGUUGGAGACAUAGUGGCUGCUUCAUACAGAGACCAUGGUACAUGGAACCGUGCUCGAGUGUUAGGUAUUCUGGGUUCUGACUUGGUGGAUUUGUAUUACGUGGACUUUGGAGACAAUGGGGAGCUGCAACGGGAACAUUUACGAAGCAUGAGAAGUGACUUCCUGAGCCUACCCUUCCAAGCCAUUGAGUGCAGCCUUGCAGGGGUCCGUCCUGCAGGAGAGGUUUGGACCGAGGCAGCCCUGGAUGACUUUGAACGCAUGACGUACUGUUCUGAAUGGAAACCAUUACUGGCCAAACUGUACAGCUAUUCUCAUUCUGAGAUCUCAUCCUGGCCCAGUGUGAAACUCUAUGACAACAGCCAGCUAAAGGCUGUGGAUCUGGGUAAGGAAUUGAUUCGUCUUGGUCAUGCUGUUAGCUGUGAGGAUGAAGGGUUUGGGCUCAGGGGAGACUGGGAUGAGUCCAGAUCACUGCAGAAGAUGCUGGAUGACAUGACGGGAGCAACCUCAGAACUGAGUAUGUCCUGCAUUAGUUUAUCAGAAGUUGCCUCAAUUUCUGGAAGCGUGGAUGAUACUAUUGAUGAGGAAUUCAACUGACAACAGACCUAAGACAUAUGCCUUUUUAUUGAGACCAGUCGUUACCUUCAUUUAGCAUUGAACACAUGCCUCCUGUCUCUGAGAAAGAGCCUUACUUGACUACGCCACCUGCUCGAACUGCCUGUAUUUACUGCUUAAAUACUAAAUUAUUUUCAGUUUGUAUAUUCAAUAUUUAUAAUUUACAGCCUGUGUGUCUGGAAGACCUUUUUUGAGUUUUUUUUUUUUUGUACUGGUUAUACUUGGGUUCUCAUUUCCUGUAUCUAAAAUGUUAUGGCAGCCCUUUUUUGGUUUUGCUCGUGUCUGAAUUGUUUGACAGUUGAAGAGCAGAGCUCAGGGAACUUACAAUUGACUUUAGUUAGAAACCUCAGUGUUAUUGCAGUGUAGCACCAAAGUUACUGUUAUUUUUGAGUGAUGUUUUUUUGUUUUUGUACUGUUUGUACUUUUGUUUCUCAUUUCCUGUUUCAAUGUGGUUUUAAUUCAUUGAAUGCUAUAUAACAUAAAUAUAUAUAUAUAAUAAAGAUAAUUAUACCCUAUAUAUAUAUUUUAAUAUUAUUUAGGGAAUUUAAUUAGUUGGUUGGAAUUCAAAAGGUUUAUUUUAAUAUUUGCUUCGUGAAAUGUAAAUGUCUGAUGCUUAUGUAUUUUAAAUGCUCUUGAAAUCAAGCAUAGUACAAAGCUAACUACACAGACUGAAGGCAUUACCUCUAAAAGCAUAGACUAAGCAAUACAAUUGAGAGAAACAUAGAACCAAUAAUUCUGCUACCGUAAAUAUGAAAUCCUUAACCUACAAAUAAACAAUAAGACGUGUACCUCAUGCAGUUAGAUGGCUCCAAGAUUACUGGUUGAAAGACAACUCUAAUGGAACAACUAACUUCUCAACAUGUGCAUGACAUAUUUUUGUUCUCUAUAUCUGUAAAUAAUAUACUAAUAAAAUAAAGUAAUGAGGGGUAGUUGGGUUUAAUCAAAAUUUCAAAGAUGAUGUUGCAAACUUGACGAUGCACAUCAAUACAUGAUUAUUGUAAAAAUGAAAAAUAAAUGAUUGCAUCUCAACUAUACAAAAAAGUGAUUUGAAUUAGUGUCAAGUCAAAUUAAUCAAAACACAUUUAAAUGAUGUGCAAUUAAUUUUCUCCCAAAUAGGAUUAUAACAUGUUACAUUUUAGCUUAAUUUAGUUCACAUUUAAUUCUCAAUUGGUCUGACUGCAUCAGUUUCAAUAAUAGUACAAAAGCACACCUCAUUUAACCACUUCACAUAGACGCCAACCCCACAUGCUUAGCUGUCC